AUGAAUAAUUCGGCAUUCCUUCCUACUGUUGUAAUGGAAACAGAUCCAGAAGAAAGUGAUACAGGUGAUAAUAAUUACUCAAUAUUAUAUAAAAAUAAUGGUUCAUCACAUCAUACAUUUUCAAUGGAUUCAGCAACCUACAACCAAUAUUUAGCAGAUAAAAGAAAAGGUUUUCGGUGUCGGGGUUCAUUGGGACCUACAAUAGCCAGUGCACCGAGUGUUGAAUUAGAAGACUACCGAACACCUAAACCAUCUGUAUCAGCUAUUAAAAAUGGUAAAUCAUUCGACUUAUCUGGAAUGGAACAACAUGGUUCACAUACAUCAGAAAGUAACGGCCUAAUUAAAGUUUCUGCUGACUUUCUUCGUCUUCAUGGAUCAAGACAACAAUUUAGAAAUCUUUUAUCAGCUCGUAAAAAACUUGGACAACUACCACCUGCUUAUACUCAAAUAGAUUGUAGUCAUGAAUCAUUAGACUCUACCAUUGGUAAUAAAUAUAAUAUUUUAAAUCAACCAUUUCCACAAGGACCAGUGAUUACCGUAGAAAAUACAGGAACUAAUACACUAUUAAAAAUGAAUCCUUUUAGUGGUUCAACUAAUUCUGUUGUUAAUCCCGAAUCUGCUAUGUCAUCAGUAGAAAAAAAUGUAUAUUUUGAAAAUGGUAAUAUAAAUGGUGGUGCAUCAAGUAAAUAUUUUAAAAGAAAUAAUUCAAGAUAUGGUAUUCAGGUUGAUAAAAGUCAUGUACAAAUGUUAUAUAAAUUAAGGAGUGAUAAAUUAAAUACAGGUGUACAAGUAACAGAUAGAUGUUUAUUACUAGCAAUGAUUGGAAUAUUUUUUAUGGUUAUUGAAACAGAAAUAUGUGGUCAACAAAUUUUUAAUAUAACAAAAGACCAUCCUGCUAGUUAUUUAUGUAGAACAUUAGUAUUAUUAUCUACAGUAUGCUUAUUAUUUGAAAUUGUACAUUUUCAUAUUAAUGAUAUAUAUAUUGAUCUAUUGGAUUGUGGUGCUGAUGAUUGGCGUGUUGUUGUAAAUACAAGAAGAAUUAUUAAAUUUGUUAUUGAAUUUAUGGUAUGUUCAAUAUGUCCAUAUCCAGGAACAGGUAAUAUAUAUUGGACAUUCAUUGAACCCCAAAGAUAUGAAGAUCAUAAAAAAUUUAUAAAAGAAGUACCAAUUGAUGUUAUAUUAUCAAUAAUGAUGUUAUCUCGAAUAUAUUUAAUAGCAAGAUUUAUGGUAAUGCAUUCUAAAUUAUUUCAAGAUGCUUCAACAAGAACUUUAGCAGCAUUAAAUAGAAUACAGGUUAAUUUUUCAUUUGUCAUGAAAACAUUACUUGAUCAAAAACCUCUCCUAUUUCUUUCUAUUUUUACUUUUUGUUUUUGGAUAAUUAUGGCAUGGACAUUUGCUCAGGUUGAACGGUAUGGAAGAAAUGAAUCUUCUGAAAUAUUAUAUUCUAAUGCAUUAUGGUUUAUUGCAAUAACAUCAAUGUUAAAUGGUUAUGGUGAUAUAGUUCCAAAAACUAAUUUAGGAAGAGUAAUAGCAAUUUUUGCUGGAAUUUGUGGAGCCAUAAUAUCAUCUAUUCUUAUUGCUGUCAUAUCAAGAAAAAUUUUAUUAAGUCAGGGACAAAGAAAUGUUAAUAUUUUUAUGAAUGAUUCUAGAUUAACCCAAGAACAUAAAAAUUCUGCUGCUAGAGUUUUACAACAUACAUGGCAUAUAUAUAAAUGUUUACGUUCCGAUGGAACAGAUAGUCAAUUACGGGAUCAUCAAAGAAGAUUUCUUAAUGCAAUUCAUAAUUUUAGAAAAGUUAAAAAUAAAAUGCGUUUAUUUAGUGAAAAUUGUGCUACAAGUAUGCAACAAAUGAAUAGAUUAAUGACAGAAAUGCACACAAAUAUGCAAAGACUUAUGAAUACACAAGAUGAAAUGAAAACUCAAAUGGAUGUAAUGCAACGAACAAUGAGGAACCAUUUUUCAAAUUGUCAACAACGACCAAAAACAAUAAAUAAUAAUAUAGGAAAUACAAUUGGUAAUCAAAAUGUAUCAAAUACAAUUAAUCAUUCAUUAACUGUAGGAAAUAAUUCACCACCAGUCCAACAAAGAGUAAUGUUUGCAGAUUGUUUGGAAAAAAAAUAUACUGAAAAUGUAUGA